AUGGUCGGUGUACCUAAAUUUUCUUUUGAACAUUGGGUAGAUCAGUUUAUUGCAAAAGAUCAUAAAGUUGCGAGGGUUGACCAAAUGGAAACAGCGCUAGGCAAAGAGAUGCGCGAAAAAGCGACCAAGAAAAAGGAAGAAAAAGUUAUAAGACGUCAGUUAACUUCUAUCCUUACCGCCGGAACUCUUGUAGAUGGUGGACUGUUGACUAAUGAAAUGUCAACUUAUUGCAUGUCAAUUAAAGUUAGAGUCUUGUCCAACAAAAACGAUCCACCUGCUUAUGGCAUAUGUUUUGUUGAUACGGCAACUGGUGAAUUUAACCUCAUGUCAUUUGUUGAUGACAUUGAUCAGACUCAAUUCAAAACUUUAAUCAUGCAAGUGAAACCAAAAGAAAUAGUAUAUGAAAAAGAAAUGCUUAAUAAACGUUCACAACGUAUUUUAAAAACCUGUAUUAAUUAUCCCAUAUGGACUGGACUCAUACCUAAAAGAGAAUUUUAG